UACCUUUUCUCCUCCACAAAACUAUUUCUCUUCAUCAAAUUAUAUUGAUCCAUUCCAGCUUUUCCUCAUCCUCCUCUAUGGCCGUCUCACCUAAUUCAAGUUCCUUAGAAUUAACUAUAUCAAUUCCAAGCUUCUCUCCAUCUCCUUCACUCCUUUCAUCUGGUAAUCACAUGGUGAGAGAUUUGGACAUAAAUCAAACUCCAAAGACGGUAAACGAUCGUGAGUGGAUCAUGAUCGGUGCAACACCGCAUGUCAACGACGACGAUGGCAACUCUGGCGGCAGGCGGCGCAAAAAGCUCCGUCUAACCAAAGACCAAUCGCAUCUUCUUGAAGAUAGUUUCAUACAAAACCAUACCUUAACCCAUAAACAAAAACAAGAAUUGGCCACUUUCCUGAAGCUUAGUCAAAGGCAAGUUGAAGUGUGGUUUCAAAAUCGAAGAGCUAGGAGUAAGCUGAAGCAUACGGAGAUGGAAUGUGAGUACCUAAAGAGAUGGUUUGGGUCACUGAAGGAGCAAAAUCGAAGGCUGCAAACAGAAGUUGAAGAAUUACGUGCUCUAAAGUCAGUAUCGGCCCCGGUGGUAACCAUGUGUCCUCGGUGUGAACGUGUGACCGAUGCAGCAGAUAAUGACUCUAAUGCCGUGGAGAAGGGAACAGUUCCGAGAAGCCAGUCACGGAUGACAAUUUCGUCUUCUUCUUCCCUGUGUUGA